AUGGCAGACCCGGAGGACGACAGGGAGUCGGUGGACGACGCGGAUGACGGCCUGGCUGUUCAGGACUUGUCGAAGCUGGACAUUGCCACGCUCACGCCCCUGUCGCCCGAGGUGAUCAGCAGGCAGGCGACAAUGAACGUCGGCACAAUCGGGCACGUGGCGCACGGGAAGUCUACCGUGGUGCGAGCUCUGAGCGGAUCCAACACAAUCCGUUUCAAGCAGGAGAAAGAGCGGAACAUCACGAUCAAGCUGGGCUACGCCAACGCGAAGAUCUACAAGAACGACCGCGAGGACCUAGAGCGCCCUGCAAACUACACCUCCUUUGGAAGCAAGACGCCCGAUGUCGUUCCAGAUGACGAAGGCGGCAAUUGGAGGCUUCAGAGGCACGUGUCUUUCGUUGAUUGCCCGGGACACGACAUUCUCAUGGCAACUAUGCUCAACGGUGCUGCUGUGAUGGAUGCCGCGCUGCUUUUAAUCGCGGGGAACGAGUCGUGCCCGCAGCCGCAGACAUCAGAGCAUUUGGCCGCAGUUGAGAUCAUGCGUUUGAAGCACAUCAUCAUUCUUCAGAACAAGGUGGAGCUGAUCAAAGAGCAGCAGGCGCAGGCUCAAUAUGAGGAGAUCAAGAAAUUCGUGGCGGGAACGGCCGCGGAUAGCUCCCCUAUCAUCCCGCUCAGCGCUGUCCUGAAAUAUAACAUCGAAGUUGUCUGCGAGUAUCUGUGCACGCAGGUUCCCAUUCCUCCCAGGGACUUCCUGUCCAGUCCGUACAUGAUCAUCAUCCGGUCCUUCGAUGUGAACAAGCCUGGAGAGGAGGUAGAAAAGCUGAAGGGCGGUGUGUGCGGUGGUUCCAUAAUCAAGGGUGUGCUGAAGGUCGGCGACGAGAUCGAGAUCAGGCCUGGAACCACAGGCAAGGACGCCAAUGGCAAUACUACGUGCAAGCCGAUCCGAUCUCGGAUUAUAUCCUUGGCAGCGGAGCAGAAUUCGCUGCAGUUCGCAGUUCCGGGAGGCCUCAUCGGCGUGGGGACCAAGAUAGACCCCACCGAGACGCGCGGCGACCGCAUGCUUGGUCACGUCAUGGGACACCCUGGCAAGCUGCCCGACAUCUACAUCGAGAUCGAAGUCAAGUACUACCUCCUCCGCCGCCUGCUCGGCGUUAAGACGGAAGGGGACUCCAAGGCGGGCAAGGUCUCCAAGCUGAAAAAGGGAGAGAUCCUCAUGGUGAACAUUGGCUCCCUGGCUGCGGGCGGCAGGAUCGUGAGCAUCGGUGAUGACGAUGUGGGCAAGAUCGUGCUGACGAACGCCGUGUGCACUCAGGAGGGCGACAAGGUCGCGCUGAGCCGCAGGAUCGAGAAGCACUGGCGGCUGAUCGGGUGGGGCUCCAUCGUGAAGGGCAAGACGCUCAAGCCCCUCGAGAGACUUGUCCCGGAGUGA